AUGGAUGCCAGAAAGCUGUUAGCUUCCUAUAUUAGCUUAGCGAUUUUAAGGCGAAGGAACAAAAAAGAGAAACGAAAACGAGCCAUUUGGACAAGGUCUUGGCUGAAACGUUCAAACCGCGGUGUUUAUCGGCAAUUAUUAGAAGAAUUGCGGCUUGAAGAUCCCGAGAACUAUUGUCGAUACUUGCAAAUGGACACAUCGACAUUUGAGGUAUUUUGCAAAAUGUUAUGUUAAACAAACUUACAAACAUACAUAUAUAUAGUGGUUACAUUGUUACAGUUUGUUCCUAAAUAUUUACAACAGAAAUACCAUCUUUGGUAUAUAUUAAAAGUACAUAUUUAAAUUAAAUAAAAUCAAAUUAUACAAAACUUAGCUUAAUGAAUAUUAAUUAUCCUGUUUCUAACUCUGAAAUGACCGCAAAACGUCUUAAUAGUAUCUUCCCGUUAAACUCGUAUUUGAUUUUUUGAAUGGCCAUAUAAAUAUAUGAUAGCACAUAAUUAUAUUAAACUUUGAAACUUUAUUGAAGGAUUUUAUUGAAGGAUAAUAUACAGAUUUACUGGUAAACCAGUAUUUUACAUUCAUAUUAGAUAAUAUAUAUAUAUAUAUGCUUGUAUAUAUAAUUAUAUUUGGAAAAUUUUUUUGGUUUGUUGGAAAAAUACUGCCCUUGCCUCCCCCCAAAAAUCAUAUUGAAUUGACAAGAAUCAUAUUGACUCACUGACGCCAUUGAUAUGACGACAACAGCUGCCGAAGGACUGAGGAAUUGUUUUUUUCUUAAUACAAAUAAAAUACAAAUAAAAUACAAAUGGCUUCUUUUUGUUUUUGAAUUUUUAAAAUAAAUAAUAAAACAAUUAUUGAAUUCGGUUUUCACACAACAUGAAGAGUUAUCAAGCCCUCAAUUUGCCUUUAUCACUUCGGGCUUGAUAAUUCUUCAUAUCCUCUAGCUACCAAUAUAUUAUAUUUUGAUAAAAUAUUAUGAUUUUUUGUAUGGUGAUAAUUUGUCUGUAUUCAACUGUUUAUUAUAUCUUUUGAUAGUCAUUGUUGAAGAAAGUGGAGUGUCAAUUGCAGAAGAAAGAUACAAUUAUGAGAGAGGCAAUACCUGCAGGACAGAGGCUAGCGUUAACAUUGAGAUUCUUGGCUACUGGAGAGUCAUAUGCCGGUUUGCCUUAUCAAUUCCAUGUCUCUGUGCUUUCCAUAUGUUGCAUAGUACCAGAAGUAUGUGACGUUAUACAGGGUGUAUCAAAAAAAGCGCAAUCCUCGACUGAAAUGUAAAUUGCUAAACGAAUAAUAGACGAAAACGUUAAAGUUUACAUUCAUUUUAAAGCGUAGCCAUUCAGCUUUCUAACAGUGGGUUGUUUCUUAAAUUUGACUCAUUGGUUCGCGGGUAAUAAUACUUUACGUUAUUGCGAUUGGAGAUUAAAAAAAUUGAGAUGGAAUAACAAAUCGUUCUCAUGAAAAUAACUGAUUUUUUCAUUAAAACAAAAAAAUGUCGCAUUUUAUUAAAUGGAUUGUAACAAUAAGUAUAAUUACGGCUUUUCUUCCACUAUUUUUAACUCAGUUUGAAACUUCAAAUGCGAUAUAAUUUUGGCUUGGACCAUCUAAGCUGACUGACAUCAACUUGCUAUAAUUUCUGUUUACAUUACAUCGCAAUUCGACGACACUCUGGCACAGAUACCAGAAAUGUUUUGACGAUUUUUAGCAUUCGUUUAGGAUUUUCAAACAACCUGGUCUCUUUUAAAAUACUUUUAAUUUGUUCUUACGUGCAUGGUUUACCAGAUGUAGUGACGACAACAUUAAAGUUUAAAGAAGAAAAUUCUAACAUUUAAACCGACUAAACAAUAACAUAGUAAACUUGCAUAAUUAAACAGCAACUAAAAAUGAUAGGCUUUACUAAAUCUUUUCCUGUGCAAUUAUUACUAGCAUUGGAGACAAGGAUAAUAGUUUGUUUGAAAGAGAAAAGAACAGGCUUUGAAGUAAGCCUAAAAGCGUUUAACUAGAAAUAGUAUUUCGAAAGUUAUUAAGCACAAAAGAUGAAUUGCGUUUAUUUUGAUACACCCUGUAUAUAAUACAUUGAAGAGUGAAUAUUUGAAAUUCCCUGAGAGGUGAAGAGGACUGGAUGAAGAUAGCAACAGGAUUCGAGGAAAAAUGGCAACUUCCGCAUUGCGUUGGUGCUGCAGAUGGGAAACAUAUCAGAAUUAUACACCCGCCUAAAAGUGGUUCUGAAUUCUAUAAUUACAAAGGUUUCUUCAGCAUUGUUCUAAUGGCAGUUGUUGAUACAGAUUACAACUUCAUUUUUGCUGAUGUUGGUUGCCAGGGCAGAAUUAGCAAUGGAGGCGUGAUGAAAAACACCAUUUUCUGGAAAACGUUGGUCAACAAUGCACUUCACUUACCAGAACCUAAGCCACUUCCUUUGUCGCUCUCUCAGUAUCUUGUUGAUGAUGAGAGAAUUCCAGUUCCAUACUUCCUUGCUGGUGAUGAUGCAUUUUCGCUUGAGCCAAAUGUUAUGAAGCCCUUUGCCCAAAGAGCUCUCACAGAUGAAAAAAGAAUCUUCAACUAUAGGCUUUCAAGGGGCAGGUGUGUCAGUGAGAAUGUUUUUGGCAUUCUCACCAAUAGGUUUCGAGUCUUUUCUACACUUUUUUCAAUCAAACCAGAUAAUGUUACAAAAGUUGUCCUUGCAACUUUGGCCCUCCACAAUUUCCUUGGAUCUACCAAUUCCAGUAGGUACAUUCCUUCAGGUUCUGUUGAUAGUGAAGACCAACAUGGAGAAGUUAGGCAUGGCAGCUGGAGAAAUGAAGAACUUGUCUCAAGUGGAAUGGUGUCCAUUUCCAACAGCAGAAAGAGGAGGCAAUCUGUCAAAGCUGAAGAUAUUCGACAAGCAUUGUGUGAAUAUUUUAACAAUGAAGGCCAUGUGCCUUGGCAGUGGAAUGUCUUGGUAUAA